AUGGGCGACCUGGCCGGGUCGCAAAAAGGAGAGAAACCAAGUUUUCUCUCCUUUUUUUUCUAAUUUUUCCGUUAGCCGAACUGUUUUCAAACUAGGAAUGCAGACGAAAAAGAGCGCACCUUAAGUGGAGACCAAGGUCGUCGGAUGGAAAAACGGCCGGCAAGUCGAUUUUAGCGGCAUGUUUACCGCAGUCGGGUAUAAAAGGACCCUCGGAAGUCGCUUCGAGAAGGCGCUGCCAUCAUGACGGUCGCCAUCGCCGCUUCGAUUUCCGUGGUUUCGGGCUUUGCCGUCGUGGCAUGCCUCGUCAGCGUCAGCUUCAUGUUCAGCGACAUCAACAACUUCUACGAUGACGCCAUGAGCGAGAUGCGUUUCUUCAAGGUUCGCAGCUUACUCGCGUUUUCCCAAAACUAGAAGUUGACCUUUCAGGACGUCUCAAACGGCGCAUGGGACUCUAUGAACGAAGUCACCAAGCCGACAGUUCAAACCAAGAGCCUCAAUCCCUUCCUUCUCCUCUCUUCUCGCACCAAGCGUCACGCUCAGUGCAACUGCGCCGGCCAGCAGAACCACUGUCCCCCCGGACCGCGAGGAGCUCCAGGAGGCGCCGGAGAGCCUGGAAUCCCAGGAGCUCCUGGACAACCCGGUCACCGUGGAUCCAACGGAGCUUCCGACGCUUCCGAAGGCCCUGGCGGUUGCAUCUCUUGUCCUGCCGGCCCUCCAGGCAGACCAGGACCGAACGGACCUCCCGGUCCACCUGGAGCCGAUGGCCAUACAGGAGCACCUGCCUACGGUGGCGGCGGAGCUGGACGUCCUGGACCACCAGGACCUCCCGGAGACGCUGGAGCGCCAGGACGACCAGGAUCUCCAGGAAACCCUGGACGACCUGGAAACUCUGCCCACUCAUCGACAGCUCGACCAGGACCACCAGGACCUCAAGGACGCCCAGGACCAGCUGGACAGCCCGGCCAGCCAGGAUAUGGAUCUGCACCAGGAGCGCCAGGACCAGCCGGACCUCCAGGACAGCCGGGAGCCCCAGGACAGCCAGGAAACGACGGACCACCCGGACAGCCCGGCUCCGACGGAACUCCAGGAUCAGAUGGUGAGGAAGUUUCACGAUUUCAGAUGAAUAAUUCUCACUUUUUCAGCUGCCUACUGUCCAUGCCCAUCUCGAGGUGGUUCCGCCCGAGGCGCCAACUACAAGAAGCACGUCUACUCGAACAAGAAGGUCGCCGCCCGCAGUCGCAAGGUCCUUGCAGCUCGUCGUCGCGUCGUCCAAAGACAGAAGGUCGCUGCGGCGGCCGCCGUCCGUCGUCAGAAGGUCCACGCCGCCUAA